ACAGCUUUAUUCUUACUCUGUUUCUGGUUGGAUUAAAAUAACUCUUAUAUUAGAAUCACCCUGUCCAGUGAUACAGUAUUUCAAAAUCACCAAAGGCACGCUCACAAAACAGGAAAAUGCUUCAGCAGCCUUAAUGGGAUCCCCGUGGGCCUCUCACUGUCUAUUUCCAAGCACCUCUAAUGAAACACCGGCACAAUGAGCAUGCCCUUUAUCUACCCCUCAUUUAAUCAAUGUAUCUAUUCUUUGUUAAAAUUAAAAGGGGAAGUGACCGCACCCAAAUUUUGACUGCGCACUUUUCCCCAGCAAAAAGAACGGAAAAAGAGACUUUUACAGCCCCUCUCACACACAGCCUGCAGCCGGCUGGCACUUAAAUCAUUUCAGACAGUUUCUUACGUCACGGUUUCCAGCUGUAUGAGUGGGUCCCUAUACACACCGCUGCUCGUCUUUAAGAGACGUCAACAGGUCUGCAAAUUCUCCAGGAAUAUCAACAAAAACACAGCUUUUCUUGGCCCACGGCGGGUCCACAAAUUUUCACUGACCACAGCGGGUCCACAAAUCUUCGCUGACCACGGCGGGUCCACAAAUGCAUAGCAGUGUUCCUUAUUAUGGCAGCUGGUAAGCAUGUUUGGCAACGGGAAGUCCUGAAGGUCAACCACAAAAACUCCAAUGGCUUUCUGCGACCCAGCGUGCCUAGUUCUGCUGAGAAGAAUAUGAAGCAGGUGGAUAUUAUUAAUAAGGAAGAAUUAGAUAAAGACAGAUUUCAGGUGCAUUACAGAGUACACAGUCCAGGAAAAGUGAAGCAGGCGACAUCUUGCAAAAGAAAGAGUUGUGCAUUGGCGGAGGUGGGCGUAAAGCUGCACCGCAGAUCAUCAGAUGUAGGCCGUUUAUGUGACCCCGGCAUGGCCAACAAGGAAAAUGAGCUGACCUGCUCCGAUGAUGUCCGGGGCUGUGGAUUUCCGGUGAACUCUGCAGAGGCCUCCAAGAUGGCGGGGGCCAGCUCCAAGUACAGUGAUUUUACUGAGCUCUCAAAGGACCAUGAAGCUAUGACCCAGGUUCUUUUUGGAAGAAGUCUUCGACUUAAAGUAGCCCUAACACUAUGGCGAAAAAGUGCAAGUGAAUUAGUGGCCUACCUAAUAAGAAUUCAAGACACAGGUGUGCUGCUUGACUGCUUACCUGUCUUAACAAACAACCUUCAAACAGAAGCACCAUGUUUGUCACUUGGCUGCUGUGUUGACCUCAUGCCCCAAGUCAAAACAAUCCUUACCAGUAAAUAUGAAGAACACAUAACUGUGGGUUUACACUGGGUUCAAUCCGUCAUCAAGAAAUGGUGGCCAGAACUUUCUAGAACUGAAAAAAGACUGCAGGACAGUUGUGCAGAAGACAGGAACAUGGAAGUCAUGAAGCAGCGGCUAAAGGACUUGUGGAAGGAAGGAACCCGAUUAUGUUUGGUUCCAGGAACUACGGGAGAGCUGGCAAAGGGCAUCGAGGCUUAUCUGUUGCAGCUGCCCUGACAGUUGUCAAUGUAGCAUUCUCGGGAUGUGACCACUACCGUCAAUCAAGGCUGUGUUUCGAACUGAUAAUGGUGCAAGAGAAAUGGACCAGUUGCUUUUGCUACUUCAAACUCAAACCUCUUAACUGGGACUGAACUUGACAAUUCAAACACUUCCCUCACGUUUGAGCUGGAAACUCUGAAGGGAGGGCCAAGAGAGCCUUCCUGGACAGCAAAUGACUGCUUCACAUUGAAGUGGAUUGUCUUUUUUGAGGGGCAUGUUUAGUGGACCUCCAUGAGACUGGGUGUAAUUUCGCUCUAUGAAGUGCCAAGGUCUUUGUCUCUCACUACACCACUCUCUUUCAUGGAAUGCAGAUGCACUUGUGGAUGUUGUUGAUGUUUUGCAUCUUGAGUUCUCCGGAAGAAGGAACUUGAAUCUGCAACAGUCUUAAGUUAUUAGAGUUUGUUUUUCUUGUUUUUUCGUUUUGCUCCUUCCUUUGACAUUUGACUGUGUAAUGUAAAAUGUAAAAACAAGUGAUUCUUUUAAUCAUCUUUUAAAUAAAUUAAAAAUGCAAUUUUAUUGUUUGUUUUUUGUCUCCAGAUUAUCAUAUGGUACUGGGAUGAUGUCCUGUUAAACUGCAGCAGAAAUAAUCCCACAGUUUUUUUUCUUUUUUCUUUUCUUUUUUUUUUUUUUUAACUGGCUGAGCUCAUUAAAAUUUUGAAAAUACCGUUUCGAAUAAUGAAUGCCAAAAUAACAAUAAAGGUAAAAUGAUCUUGCUCACUAAGUUGAAGUGGCUAAACAGGUUUUUAAACAUGCUCCUGCAGCGUUAAUUUGACCUCGUGUUUUUUUUUUUCUUUUUUAAAAAAUGUUAUUAAAAAUGGCUUUGUUUUCAAAACUGCAUUGCUAAACGGAAAAAGGAUUUAUUUUAUAAUAGUAGUUUUGGGCUUUUUCAAAAAUAUAAAAUGUAUUGGCGUGGGAAACCAAUGAAAAAUACUCUGCUUUCUAGUUCGAUUUAAAAUUUCAAUGAGUUUUAUUUUGAGUUUUAAGAAUAAAAGGCAAAAAACGA